AUAUGGAGGAAUCUUUUAACAAAAUGGAUUUAAGUGGUAAACUCAUAAUCAAGGCUAGGUUUGGCGAGGACAUCAGGCGUAUUCCAAUCCAUAACGAUGAUCUCACGUAUGACGAGCUUGUUCUAAUGAUGCAGAGAGUGUUUAAAGGAAGUAUAACUCCUGAUGAUGAACUACUUCUUAAAUAUAAAGAUGAAGACGGAGAUCUGAUAACAAUCACAGACAAUUCUGAUCUGUCAUUUGCGAUCCAGUAUUGUCGUGUUCUCAAGCUGACCAUAUUGAGUGGGAACCAGGAGCAGAAAACUGGAACCGUCUUACCCUCUCUAGAUCAACUCAGGAGCAUCAGGGAUGCAAUUAACAAACUUCUAGAUAGCUGCGUAGACUCAGGGUCAGCUCCGAUACAGGUAGUUGAGGAGACUGGGGAACCUGAUUCCAGUUUGUCAUUGAACAAAGAGGUUUCUUCAGCUUUCAACGGUUUCAAGGAGCAGAGCAGGGAGUUCGAUCCUUUAAAUCAAGAGCAAACAAAUCAGGUUCUGAAAGCUGACUCAGACUAUCGAAGUGAAUCCCGGGCUUCAUCUGCACAGGAUCCGUCGGAUACAACCCCGUCAUAUCCGUCUCAACCUUCCUCCCAACAAUCAUUCUCAGCACCUGGGCAGCAACCUGUCUACCCAGCUGCACAAGCUGGUCAGCCGACCUUUCCAGGCCAACCUGCAUACUCCGCAGCGCAGCCUGGAUACUCAUCUUCACAACCUGGUUAUACUACUGCACAGUCUUCAUAUCCUUCUUCCCAGCCUGCCUACAAUGUUGGAUAUCCAGCUGGUCAACCCCAGGCCGGUCAAACUCCGAACCAGGGCCAGGUAGCCAUGCCGACUCCGUUUGCUGGUCAAACCGGUGAUCCGGGACUUGCUAAACCAUAUCCUACAGCCCAGCGUCCCGUUCAACCUCCAGGAGCUACGCAGCAGCAGUAUCCAGGUUUCCCAGGAGUAGGUCAGCAGCAACCUGCCUAUUCAACUCCAGGAUAUACAUCUGCAGGACCGGCAGCAUACUCGGGCUACCCUGGAUAUACACCAACCAGUGCUCCGAGUAAUCCUUAUAGUAGAGCCACACCUGGAGCAGGAUAUGCGCAUCCUCAGCAGACCCAACCUGGUUACAAAUAAUCUAGGGUUUAAUACUUAUCUUGCUACUAGGGUAGAUACAUCGCCAACAAAAAUGUUUAAGUUUAUGCUAUGUAAUAAGAUGAUUUUAUGCGGGGGGGGGCAAAUAUAUUUUUGUAAUAUUUAUCCCUCCCUCUGAAUAUGAGGAAGGGUUUAUGAGGGUUUUUUUAUCGCUGACUUUGAGAAAAUAAAUGAUAUUGCGGGGUAAAAUGAACUUGGCCGGGUUAAAACGCUCUAAAUGUAAUCUCCAAUAUCUUGUUUACAAAGCUACGAACACACUCCUCUCCUUCUUUCUUUUAAAUAUUUACACAAAAAUUAAAUAUUCUGAAAGAGAACUUAAAUGGUUCUAUGAUUAUCAUUCUCUUUUUUUUCCUGCUUUUUAAAACAAAUUGAUUCUUUUGCCAAAAAUCAUUGAUUAUAAUUAACUCAUGGUGCUGACAACAAGCUAAAUUUUCUUUCCUUUUUUUUAAAUUUUUGUAUAAAGUUUUUUUUUUAAAUCUGAGUGAUGCCAAGGCCCCUCCCCCACCCUGCCCGAUAAUCUAGAUCAAAUUUAGCAUCAGUGAUAAAUUGUAAAUUGUUUGAAGUCCCUUAAAUCUAGAUAUUUAAUAUUUAUUUAUUAAUUAUAAAUUUUGUGUAAAUGUGUGCGAAUUGUAUUUUAAUAUACGGAGAUUUUAUAAUGAAUAUUUCUAUUAAAUUACUUCACCUUUUUA